GCCUUUAGAACAACGGAUGAAGCGAUUCACAGGAGACGUGCAAGAUCAUUCGCCUUGCCAACUGUCGAGCAGGAACGAUUCCAAGCCUAAUGAAAGCCUACCCUCGGAAGAACCAGAGGUCACCACUAAACAUAGCGGCCAACAAUGGCUGUGGGUUGAACCGUCCAUCUCUGAAGAAUGUGCGUAUCUGGAGAAGGCGCAGAUCAGUUGGGAGCGCAAGAUGCUUCGCAGUUUACACACUAUGUGUCAGGAAUUGGAUAUACGGUUGUGUGGAACGAGAAACAGUGAACAGAAAGAGUCAAUUCUGCAGCACUGGAAAGAGCUCACAUCAGUUUUCAAUAAGCCACUCGUGAUUAAGCCAGUUUUUGGUCCAAAAGAUCUACUCGAAGUAUUGAUUUGUAUUGAGCACCCCAACAUAAAGCAGCCAGCAAAAUUGUCCAUUCCCUACCAAGAUUCGGAUACUCUGCCAUAUUGGGGACUUUUUAAUCUUCCAAUGAAAGUGAAAGAUAUUUAUGAUCUGGGCGAGUAUUAUCACUCCCUAAGCAUUGAGAGGCCUCAGUGUGGGAUAGAUGAUGUACUGUCGGCAUCGUUUAGGGAAAGCCGCGAAUUGGAAGCGGAAGAAGGUAAGAGGGUUUCAUUGUCUGUAACGUUGCCCAUACCUGCCCUCUUUUGUUCUCCGAUCGAGUUCGUCAACAAUGGCUCGAAACUAUCUUCAACGUGGCUGCCCUAUGGGUUAUCGUGCUCGGAUAUGGUCCCUCUACCUGAAUAC